UAUGAACUGCACCGCAGUAGCGGGAGCUUAUCUCCUCCCGCUCUCCUCUUCUCCUCUUCGCUCGCUUCCUUCACCAAACUGCAAAUCUAGGUUUUCGAGGUGCGGCCGCCCAAACUCCACACCGAGCACUGGUAUCUCAGAUUCUUUAUCUCGCCGGCGAUCGCCCUCGCUUCCCCGAGCUCGAGGCAGCGGUGCCGACGUGAAGUCCGAACCAUUCGAUGUUCCAGAUUCGAUCAAGUUCCAGGGGGCUCUCAGUGACGCUGUUUCCCCUCUGCUGAAGGAGGAGGAGGAGGAGGAGGAGGAGGAGGGAUCGUUUCCAAAGAGAUGGUUGAUCGUCAUCCUCUGCUUCUCUGCCUUCUUGCUCUGUAACAUGGACCGAGUAAAUAUGAGUAUCGCAAUUCUGCCGAUGUCAGCAGAGUUCAAUUGGAACCCCGCAACCGUUGGCUUGAUCCAGUCCUCUUUCUUCUGGGGCUACCUUCUCACUCAGAUUGCUGGAGGAAUAUGGGCAGACACCGUUGGAGGAAAGCGUGUUCUAGGAUUUGGUGUUGUUUGGUGGUCCAUCGCCACAGCUCUCACACCUGUUGCGGCAAAGGUCGGGUUGCCUUUCUUGCUCCUUGUGCGUGCUUUCAUGGGAAUUGGAGAGGGUGUUGCAAUGCCCGCUAUGAAUAAUAUUCUUUCAAAAUGGAUCCCAGUAUCAGAGAGAAGUAGAUCAUUGGCCCUGGUCUAUAGUGGAAUGUACCUUGGUUCAGUAACUGGGCUAGCCUUUUCUCCUUUGUUAAUACAUAAGCUUGGCUGGCCUUCUGUCUUCUAUUCCUUUGGCUCCCUUGGAACUGUCUGGUUUGCUAUAUGGUUAAAUAAGGCUUACAGUACUCCUCUGGAAGAUCCAGAACUUAGUAUUCGAGAAAAGAAGCUUAUCGCAAGCAGUAGUACAUCUAAAGAACCUGUUACUGAAAUUCCAUGGAGAUUAAUCUUAUCUAAACCCCCUGUCUGGGCUCUUAUAGUUUCCCAUUUUUGCCACAACUGGGGAACUUUUAUUCUUCUCACAUGGAUGCCAACUUACUAUAAUCAGGUUUUGAAGUUCAACCUCACAGAAUCUGGUUUAUUCUGUGUUCUUCCUUGGCUUACAAUGGCGAUCUCUGCAAAUGUUGGUGGUUGGAUAGCUGACACACUAGUGAGUCGAGGAUAUUCUGUAACAGCAGUUCGAAAGAUCAUGCAAUCUAUCGGAUUUCUCGGGCCAGCUUUCUUUCUUACUCAGUUAAGUCAUAUCCAGUCUCCUGCUAUGGCGGUAUUGUGCAUGGCAUGCAGCCAGGGAACUGAUGCAUUCUCUCAGUCUGGACUAUACUCCAACCAUCAAGAUAUCGGACCUCGUUAUGCUGGUGUGCUGCUUGGCCUUUCAAACACUGCCGGGGUUUUAGCUGGUGUCUUUGGGACAGCAGCAACAGGCUACAUCUUGCAACACGGUUCUUGGGAUGAUGUCUUCAAAGUUUCUGUAGGCCUCUAUCUCGUUGGAACUGUAGUCUGGAACUUGUUCUCGACAGGGGAGAAAAUUAUUGAUUGAUUUAGAUGAGUUAAGGAGGCCAUUUAAAGCGUGCAGAGGCUUUUCAUGCUCGAAGCAACCCAUCUUUGGAGCUGGACUGUGGGGUGGUUGGUUUUUUUAUAUGCCUGUUAUCAGAACAAAUGAUGUGAUUGGAUCCUCAUUUCUACAAAAGGAGUGAGUUCUCUAACACCUGACUAAUUUCAAAGAGCUUCCACUGGCUGAAGGGAUAGCGGUAAAAGAGAAUGCAAACCUCGCAGCAUCGAUCAAUCUUGAUUCUUGACGCUUCGCAGCUACAGAUAACCAGACCAUAAUUUUUGAUGUAUAUUCCUGUUGUAUAUUACUUUGACUAAUUGAAAGCCAUGAUCAAAC